AUGACGCUUCCAGAUAUUUACAUCAGCGAAAAGGGCCUACCGCACCACUGCCCAUGCCGCAGCCUGCCUCCUCGCUGGCACGCCCCCAUGGAGCUUGACGCGGUGGUCCUAGCCGGAAGGUACCAGCGGAAGGUGGCAGCGAGGAGCCGGGGAGAGCCGCCGGACCCCGAGGAAGAAGAAAGAGCGGCACGGGCAGCUGAGGAGCACCUGCGCCGACAAUGGAGGGACGCCCUGGAGGAUAGCCUCUAUUAUGGAACGCGAACCAUAGGGGCCAUCCUUCCUGUCAUGGAGGACUGGCUAGAAAGAAGGAGGGGGGUCCUCACGUACCGGUUGUCUCAGGUGGUGACCGGGCAUGGAUGCUUUGGACACUACCUGCAUCGGAUAGGGAGAGAGCCGAGCACCCAGUGCUUUGACUGCGGGGUGGAGGACGAUACGGCCCAGCACACCCUUGAGGAGUGUAGUCGCUGGGCCGUGGAAAGGGCUGCACUGGUCGCAGCCACAGGAUUGGUGGACCUCUCGCUGCACAGCGUCAUAGCGGCGAUGCUGAGCAGCGAGAGAAGACGCGGUGGCCUCCUUCUGUGA